AUGAGGCUAAUUUUUUUCCCAGUGCUAUUCGUUCUAGCCAACGCUCAGUCUUCAGAGGAUGCUAACGUGUGCGUGACGCCCGGCUGCACGAUGAUCGCUGCUUAUAUGCUGAACAGCAUCGACGAACGGGUCGACCCGUGCGAGGACUUUCACCAGUACGCCUGCGGCAAUUUUAUGAAAAAGCAACGCUACGAUGCCCUCGACGGGGCCGGCGGUUUGAUGACGACGCAGAUGCUCCAUCUUGCCCGUGCAGACACCACCUCGUCUGCGGCGCGCCGUUUCUGGGAGCACGUCAAAUAUUGUGACGGGCAAAAGCCGUACACCCCGGACCAUUUGAAGCAGUACAUGCAGCGUUUUGGGGCCGUGACUUUGCUUGGGCAACCGCUGCCGGCUGGCCAGAAACAACCCUCCCUGACCGACCUCGGCCUCCUCACCCAAUUCUAUGGCACCAUGUCAGCGAGCCGGCGCACCGCAUCUGGCCCCUACGUCCACACGUUCCCCGUCGGCGUCUUUACAAAGAAGGAUACCUACGAGAUCUUUUUGGCCUGGCCGCUCUACCAAUAUCUCUGCAACGAAUACAAGGUUAACAUUUGGCGCGUGAAAGCGGAUCAGGUGGAAGAAUGCAUCAAUUCGAUGUUGGAUGGCAUCGUGGAACUGAACGCCGUAUCCGGCAUCGAGAGUCUCGAUGAGAAAGCUCGAAAGAAGCUCAUCGAAUUUGUACAGAAAUUGAACCCGAUGCUCCGAAAAAUGGUCGAUAGCAGCCCGAAGCCUACCGAGCUCACCGUCAAGGAGCUGAAGGCGCAUCUGCCAAAUUUUGACUGGGUGAAGUUCCUGCAGUACCACACCGUCGGACGCCCAAAGUCAAGCGUCACCGAUGGCACGACAGUGCAGCUCCGCGGCGCGUUGCAGAUUUAUAAAGAGUUUUUCGACGUGCUCGACGCCGCCGAGCCGCUGGUCGUCGCCGAUUUCGUGGUGUGGCAGUGGCUGCUCCGCGUCCUCAUCAGCCCAGACCGUGAUGACCCAUGCGUGAACACGGCGAUCCAAAACUUUGACAAGCUCUUCGAGCACUACCUGGCCACGGAUCUGCGCAGCGCUGCGGAUAUGAAAGGGGCUAAUAAGUUACUCGGCCCGGUCGUCGCCGCCUUCCACGAGAUUCUCGACGAGAACACCUGGAUCGAGACGGACACUCGAAAAUAUAUGAAGGCCAGGCUCAACGGGAUUCGGGUCGAUAUUGGCUACAACAGCAACGCGCUCGACACGCGGAUGGCCGACGCGCUGGCCGAGGAACUUCCCACUCCCACCGGCCCGUAUAAUACCGUCGCGCAGUUGAUGCUUGCUGAGAAGGCCCGGUGGCUGGCUGCCGGUUAUUUGGAAUCCUACGAUGAAAUCUCAGCCCUAGCCGUCAUCCCGCCCGGCAUCGUCACAGUGCCCAUGUACUCGUCGCUGCCCGGUUUCCCGUUGGAGGUCAACUACGGGGGCCUGGGGAUGGUCUUGGCGCACGAGCUGACGCACAGCUUCGACGAGAUAAGCGACCUCCCGGCCGGCAACCCGGGCAACGACAGCGACGAGUUCACCGCCAAGCUCGGGUGCCUCAUCGAACAAUUUGGCCAUUACGAGCACACUAAUGAAUACCUGAACUUAACCAUUGCUAACAACGGCACCCUCCAACAGACGGAGAUCAUCGCCGACAGCAACGGGAUUCGCGCCGCGUUCAGGGCCUAUCGAAAGGAGCGGAACCGGCUUUACGGGAAAAACCCGCCGAAGUUGCCCGGCUUCCAGCACUUGACGAAUGAUCAGCUGUUUUUUGUGGGGAUGGCGCAGCCAUGGUGCGGCGCACGCGACGAAAUUAUCAGCGACGCCGACGGAGUCCUGAAAGACGUCCAUCCCCACGCUGAACUCCGCGUCAAGGAGGGCCUCCGCCACCUCGAGGAGUUCGGCCAAGCGUUCAAGUGCCCGCGCGACUCGCCGAUGAACCCGGCGAAGAAGUGCCGCGUCCUGCGCAUCAUCAGGAAGCAU